GGAUUUAAGGGAAGUGAAGAUAAAGAAGCCAAGGAAAUGCAAAGGGGUUGAAAAGAAGAAGACAACGAAGAAAGACGAUAAAAAAGCUAAAGAGGAAGAUGCUCCAGCUGGUUACAUUCAUGUAAGAGCAAGGAGGGGCCAGGCAACAGAUAGUCACAGCCUUGCAGAAAGGGUGAGGAGAGAAAGAAUAAGUGAAAGAAUGAAGUUUCUCCAAGCUCUCGUUCCUGGUUGUGACAAGGUAAAUGGGAAGGCCCUUAUGUUGGAUGAAAUAAUCAACUAUGUCCAGUCCCUGCAAAAUCAAGUCGAGUUUCUCUCGAUGAAACUCGCUUCGAAUAAUCCCAUGUUCUACGACUUCGGAAUGGACUUAGAACCUGAUCAGAAUUUAUGCAGCCCCACAGAGACACCAACAAAUGACUAUCCUCUACUGGACAAUUCAUCUAAUAUCCCUUUGUUUCAACAUGACCAAAUGCCUAAUAUUUUGUCGCAGAGAAUGGACAAUUUUUGUGGGAAGUGGAUGAACUAGGACAAAAAGCUAUUAAUCAGACAGAAGUCAGCUAUAAUUUGCGUUCAUAAAUUUAUCUGGAGCAAAAAGGGAACAAAUUAAGGAAACAAAUUAAAGAGGUGAUGAUAUGAUUCCUUGGUAUAAUAUGUAAUGGAGAACAGGAGAUGAUGCUGAUAUGAAUAAAGGGCACGAAGCAAAAAUCAGUGGAUGCUAGAAGACGCAAAUUGGACCGACCAAAUAUGACCAAAUCUUUAGCAGAUCCUUUUGUUCUUGUCCAAAUUUUACUCCAUUUCUUGGGAGGACAAAUUCCUAGACAUUUGCCUUUUCUAGUUAAAAUAUUAGAUACAUCAGUAAAAAAUAUAAUGUAAAUCUUUUACUACAGUUAAUGUAUUUUAGUUUGUAUA